GGGUGUUUAAUGAUGGAAAGGAUAGAUAUUGCAGCAGCUAAAGAACAGAAGCCGGAGAGCUUCCAUGGUGAAAGAUGAGAGAGACAGCAGAGGGGAUUGAAAGAGAUGGCCAUGAAAGCAAAAAAAAAGGGGGGUUUAAGGGAGGUUUUUUUUUUGUUUUUAGGUCCACCAACUGGUAGUUAAGAGAUAGAACUCCUUAACCAAACAUAUCUUCAACAACACCCAAAGAAGAUGAAGAUGAAGAACAAAGAGUAAGAAUUUCAAACAAAAAAAGAAGGAAACUGGGUUUUAAAGCAAGAGCCUUUGGAAACUAAAAAGUUAUAUUUUUCCUCCCUUGUUUUUUAUUUCUCAAAAAAAGAGAUAAACAGUUACAGGGUGAAAGGUAUCAUUCAUGGUAUAUAGGACUAUAGGGUUCCAAGUUUAUGAGUGAAAUCUCUCACGUGGGGUUUGAAAUGGAAAUGAUGGAUGGAGAAUAUAUAUGAUUAGUAAAAGAAAAAGGAUGAGCCAAAAAAAAGUGAUGUAAUCCAUUCAUUGCCAUUUCCUUUACCUCUUUCUCUCCCCUCCCCCUCCCUUUAGUCUGAAUUAUUGCUAUCGUUAUCCUUUUACUUGGAGCAACACACAGCAAAGGUUUUUUUUUUUUUUUAGAAUUUUCAUGUGCAAAAUUUUCGAUGAAAAAGUGAAGUGUUGGGUUGUUCUGUGUUCUUGGGAUCACAAAGUGUUUGGUUUUUUUUAAGGAUUUUGCUCAGCAGAUUGGGUGGUGUCUUUGAGAAAUCCUGUUCCCUAUAACUUCAGCAACUGUUACUGGUUUCCAGUUCGAUUUCAUGACUAUGUAAUUUGACUUGAACCGGAGCGAGGAACGUUUCGAGAUUGAGAGAAAUAUGGCUAGUUAUUACACGGGUUCUGAUAAUCAAAGAGAUACUGCUCCGAUGAUCUAUUUAAGGGAAUCGAUGCCUGGUUCGUUUCUAGAGGGACCGGUUCUUCCUGGUAAUACGAUGUUGUAUAUGAGUUCCGGGUCAUACUCAGAUGCAUUUGCUGGGAAUUCUCAGCAGCAAAACAACUGUGUUGAGAUUCCGACCGUGGAAGCUGCAACUUCGCAGCAGCAACAAAUCUUGUCGAACAUGGGUGGCUUGAGAGAGCAGGAUUUCAGUGGUUGGAGGGAUGGUAGAAAUGAAAUGCUAGCUAUGCAUCUAAUGGGCCGUACUUCUGCCAUCAGUCAUGAUGGCCAAAACUUGCAAGGUCAAGGAUUAUCUUUAAGCCUUGGUACCCAAAUCCCUUAUCGAAACCCCGGUUCGGGUUUUUCUAGUGUUAAUCAAGAGUCAAACAAAGGGGAAUUAUCUGCAUUUGGAAUGUCAAGUAUGGUAAGAACUAUUCCUAAUUCCAAGUAUCUCAAGGCAGCACAACAACUGCUUGAUGAAGUUGUUAAUGUUCAAAAGGCUCUAAAGCAGCCCGAUGGAGGGAAAAACCGGAACUCGCUAGAAAAUCGGGUGAAGAGUUCCAAGGAAGAUGAUGGGGGUUCAAAGAAUGUGCCUGCAAACCAGCAAGAAUCCUCCAUCAACUCUCCAAAAGAGCUUUCACAUGCUGAAAGGCAAGAAUUACAAAGCAAGUUAACAAAGCUGUUGUCGAUGUUGGAUGAGGUUGAUCGAAGGUAUAAACAGUAUUAUCAUCAGAUGCAGAUUGUGGUAUCCUCGUUUGAUGCGAUAGCAGGGUGUGGAGCUUCUAAGCCUUACACUGCACUUGCACUACAGACUAUAUCUCGCCACUUCCGGUGUUUGCGAGAUGCCAUUAAUGGUCAAGUUCAGGCAACACGUACAAGUCUAGGGGAACUGGAUGCUUCGGAAAACAGUAAAGAAUUAAGAAUUACUCGACUGCGUUAUGUGGAUCAGCAGCUAAGGCAACAGAGAGCUCUUCAGCAGUUUGGUAUGAUGCAACAACAUGCAUGGAGGCCUCAGAGAGGGCUGCCCGAAAGCUCUGUUUCAAUACUUCGUGCUUGGCUAUUUGAGCAUUUUCUUCAUCCCUACCCGAAGGAUUCUGAUAAGAUCAUGCUAGCAAGACAGACAGGCUUAACUAGAAGUCAGGUUUCGAAUUGGUUUAUAAAUGCUCGGGUGCGUCUUUGGAAGCCCAUGGUGGAAGAGAUGUACAAGGAAGAAUUUGCUGAUGCAGAAAUGGACUCUAAUUCUUCAUCUGAUAAUGCAGUCAAAGCAGCAACAAAAGGCGAUACAAUGACCUCUGAGGACAGAGGUGAAGAUUUGCAACAAAGUGGGAGUUCAUCAGUGACAGAGAGAUGUAGCAACGGACAGUUGAUGGAUUCCAAAUCCGAGAAUGUUCACAAUGCAGAUAUCUCAGGGUCAACUAUUGGAGCCGGAUUCCUGAAUGCCUCGUGUGGAGAAGCCGAAACCGAAUACAUGUUACAGACUCUAAGGGAGGAGCAGAGGCUUACUAUGGAUGACUCUAAUAUCUUCCCUGACACAAGUGUUCAUCUGGAUGGUGGUAGUCACCGGUUUAUGGCUGCUUCCGGUUACAAUGUGUCGGAAUUGGGGAGGUUUGGAAGCGGUGUAUCUCUCACUUUAGGAUUGCAGCAUUACGAGGAUGGUAGCAUAUCUAUGUCGGGUGGAAGCCAUCAUCAAAAUUUUGUUGCAAUGAGAGGGGAUGAUAUGUACAAUCAUAUACCAACUGAAACCGGGGAUUUCGAAUGCAUGAAUCCUAGUAACCGGCAGCACAGGUUGAGUUCCUCUCAGUUGUUGCAUGAUUUUGUAGCAUGAUACGUGCUUGAACAUGAAGCACAAGAGCCAGACAUUCUCACCUCCCUCUCCAACAUGGAAAACUAUAAACACACAGUUGUAAUAUAUGAAGAAAUUGAUUGGCCAUUCUGCAUGUUUGUAAAAAUUACAUAUAAUUUUUCUUCAUAUGGUGAAAGAGAAAAUAUGUACAAUUAGUAUAGCUUUAAGAAAAAAAAAAAGAAAUAAAAGGUAGAAAUUGGAAACAA